UCGGUUUCCCGGCAGCCCCCGCGGGUUAAGAUGGCGGCGGGGAGCGGCCCCGGUGCUCGGGAGCUCUUUGCUGAGGGGCUGCUGCAGUUCCUGCGCCCCGCCGUGCGACAGCUCGACCGACACGUCCACAGCGUCAGGGAGAGCCAGGUGGAGCUGCGGGAGCACAUCGACAGCCUGGCCACAGAGCUGUGCCGCAUCAAUGAGGACCAGAAGGUGGCUCUGGACCUCGACCCCUACGUGAAGAAGCUGCUGAACGCCCGGCGCCGCGUGGUGCUGGUCAACAACAUCCUCCAGAACGCCCAGGAGAGGCUGAGGAGGCUGAACCACAGCGUGGCCAAGGAGACGGUGAGGAGGAGAGCAAUGCUGGAGGCUGGGGCCUACCAGGCCAAGUGACCAAAUGAGCAUCCAGGUGACCAUCCAGGUGACCAACAGGGCAUGAUGAUGGAGCAGGAAUUGCUGGAAUUGAGGGGCUGUCCCCCCAUCACCUGCACAUGAGGGAUUUGGGACGCUCCGAGCCGCGAUCCCACAUUUGGGGGCGCUGGAAUAAAAGUGACUGAGA